CCCGAGAUUAGCGUCAUGGCUCGUCCUUCGGCACGUGAUUUGGAGGGCUCGGAUGACAUAAGCAAGAUUGCUGGUUUUCUGGAAGCAGAAAGAUUGCAACGAUUUGAAAGCCAUCCACACUUCCUCCUUCUCCCUUGUCGACCUCCACUCAACGUUUGCCAUACGAACGAGAGUCGAGGGCAGAACUGCGGCAUCACCAUGCCGCCUCAAAUCAAACAUGAUCUCAACCGCAGCGGGUGGGAGAGCACCGACAUGCCCUCCGUCUGCGAACGCUGCCUGCCCGACAAUCCCUACGUACAAAUGCUCAAGGAGGACUACGGCGAGGCCUGCAAGAUCUGCACCCGCCCCUUCACCGUCUUCCGCUGGAAAGCCGACCGCACCUCUCGUCAAAAGCGCACCGGCAUCUGUCUGACCUGCGCCCGCCUGAAAAACUGCUGCCAGUGUUGUCUGCUCGACCUGGCGUAUGGCUUGCCGGUGACCAUCAGAGACGCUGCGCUGAAGAUGAUUGCCCCCGGACCCACGAGCGAAGUCAACCGGGAGUUCUACGCGCAGGAGAACGAGAGGGCUAUCGAGGAAGGAAGAGGCUUGGAGGGCUACAACGAACAGGAUGAGAAGGCGAGGGAUCUGCUGCGAAGACUGGCGAGUAGUGAGCCGUACUACAAAAAGCAGAGACGUCUGGAAGCGGAAGCUGCCAGCGAAGGCGGACAAAAGCUGCUUGAAGGCGGCGAGCAGCUUCACGAGCCCGGGCCGGUGCGCACGAAAGAUUCACGCGAGGGCAAAUCGGCGUACGGAUCACCGUAUGCUGCUGCACGACCGGGCAGCUCUGCUGGGGCUCGAAAAGGUGCGCCAUCCAAACGGAAACCUGUGUCUGCGCCGACAGCCGAAGACAUCCUGCCACCCGCCGACCCCAACAUUACCUCUUUGUUCCUCACCGGCGUGGAAGACGAUUUGCCAGAGCAUGCGCUACGCACCCAUUUCGCGCAGUUCGGGCCUCUUAGAAGCGUGGUGUGCAGCCACCGGUCACAUUGCGCGUUCAUGAAUUUCAUGAAGCGCGAGGAUGCGGAGAAGGCGGCGCAGGCGUGCCAGGGACGGUGCGUGAUCCAGGGCGUGCCGCUGAGGGUGCAGUGGGGCCGACCAAAACCCCUCGACAGCUUGGGCAGAGAGGAAAGGCUGGAGAAUGCGAGAGCUGGUAGAGAAGGGCAGGCAUCGGGAUCCGGAUCGAAGAGGAAACUGCUCGAGGGCGCUGGGGGAGGGAGCGGAAGCGGCUCGACGCGCGAACCUGACGAUCUGGCUCUUGUCGCACCGCCUCCGGGACAGGAUGACGUGCAAUACGCGGCAAUGGCCGGAGAGUAAGGUAAUAUGGGAUUAUUUGAGACGGGUUGAAGCGCGGUGUUUGGCGUUCCGCGAUAAAUGCGGCGUUAUAUCCUUGAUUACUCGCGAAAGCGGUACGAAAUGACACGAAUCGGAUGACGUUUGCCUG